GGUGCCGCCGCGAAGCUGGCGCGCUCCUCGUCCGUCGGUCCGAGGCCUGUGCGAGAGCCGGGGGCUGCCUGCGCCGGCACGAGACCCCAUGUCGGACUCGGACAGUGACGAGGACUCGGCCGCAAGCUCCGGGGGCGGCGGCGGCGGGGGGAACUGCGGCGGCGGUGGCGUUAGCAGCGUUAGCGGCGGCGGGAAUGGCAGCAGCAACAUUGCCUGCAGCAACGGCGGCGGCGGCGGCGGCAGCAGCAGCAGCAGCAGCAGCAACAGCAACAGCAACAGCAGCAGCAGCAGCAGCAGCAGCAGCAGCAGCAGCAGCAGCAGCAGCAGCAGCAGCAGCAGCAGCAGCUGUCCCUUCUCCUUAGCCGGCUUCCUCUUCGGCAACAUCAACGAGGCCGGGCAGCUGGAAGGGGACAGCAUCCUGGACAAGGAGUCUAAGAAGCACUUGGCAGGCCUUGGGGCUUUGGGUCUUGGCAAUCUGAUCACUGAAAUCACUGCAAGUGAAGAGGAAGUGACUGGAACUGAUGGUGCCUUUGUGGAUGAAGAAGGUUGGGUUAAGAGCAUUGAAGAUGCCGUAGACUAUUCUGAUAUCACUGAGGUGGCAGAAGAUGAAAGCCGAAGAUACCAUCAGGCAAUGACCAGCUUGCAGCCAUCCUGCCCCUCAGAUGAUGAUGACGAUGACUAUGAUGCAGACUGUGAAGACAUCGAUUCCAAGCUGAUGCCUCCCCCACCUCCGCCACCAGGACCCAUGAGGAAGGAUGAUAGUCAGGACCCUGCUGUGUGUGCAUCUUCCCCAGUGUUCUUUGAGCUUACAGAGAGGACUGUGGUGAUACAGUCUAUGUUUUGUCCUCAUGUUACAACCUUAGGGAUACCAGCAGUAUCAGAGGAUGGAGAUGGCAUCAUUCUGCCCUCUAUCAUUGCCUCUUCCUCUGCCACCUCCGAGAAGGUCGACUUCAGUAGUUCUUCAGACUCAGAAUCUGAGAUGGGCCUGCAGGAAACAAGACAGACAGAGUCAAAGGAGGGCAAGCUCACUCUCCCUCUGGCUGGGAUCAUGCAGCGUGACUCCACAAAAGUGUUACCUAGUGUCACAGAUCUUUUUCCCGAGUUUCGGCCAGGCAAGGUGUUGCGCUUCCUUCGUCUCUUUGGCCCAGGGAAGAAUGUUCCAUCUGUUUGGCGGAGUGCUCGAAGAAAGAGGAAGAAAAAGCACCGAGAGCUGACACAAGAAGGCCAAAUCCAGGAGGGCGAGUGCCCUGGAGACCCUGAGGUGGAGAGAAAAUCGCCGUGGGCCUGUGAAUUUGCUCCUCCUCCCCCUCCAGAGCAGUGCCUCUCAGAUGAUGAGAUCACGAUGAUGGCUCCUGUGGAGUCUAAGUUUUCUCAGUCAGCUGGAGACAUAGACAAAGUUACAGACACCAAGCCAAAGGUAGCCGAGUGGCGCUAUGGUCCUGCCCGCUUGUGGUAUGACAUGUUGGGUGUCCCUGAAGAUGGCGGUGGGUUCGACUAUGGCUUCAAACUCAAAAGUGCAGAAGAUGAGCGGUCAACAAAGCCAGGGAUGGUGGAGAAGGAUUUGGGUGUGUUAGAGGAAGCAGGGGAUCUUCUGGCCGACGAGAACUUCCUGAUGGUUACCCAGCUACACUGGGAGGAUGACAUCAUCUGGGAUGGGGAAGACAUCAAACAUAAGGGGACAAAACCUCAGCGGGCCAGCCUUGCUGGCUGGCUUCCGUCCAGCAUGACCAGGAAUGCCAUGGCAUACAAUGCUCAGCAAGGUUUUACUGCCACUCUGGAUGACGACAAACCUUGGUACUCCAUCUUCCCAAUUGACAAUGAGGAGCUGGUGUAUGGCCGCUGGGAAGACAACAUCAUCUGGGAUGCCCUGGCCAUGCCUCGGCUCUUGGAACCUCCUGUCUUGACACUCGAUCCAAAUGAUGAGAAUCUCAUACUGGAAAUACCUGAUGAAAAGGAAGAGAUGACAUCGAAUUCCCCGUCGAAGGAGAAUAAGAAGGAAUCCUCUUUAAAGAAGAGUCGAAUCCUCUUAGGGAAAACGGGAGUUAUCAAGGAAGAGCCACAGCAGAAUAUGUCCCAGCCGGAGGUGAAGGACCCUUGGAACCUGUCCAACGACGAGUUUUACUACCCCAAGCAGCAGGGCCUUCGCGGUACCUUUGGGGGGAACAUUAUACAGCAUUCAAUCCCUGCGGUGGAGCUCCGGCAGCCCUUCUUCCCCACCCACAUGGGCCCCGUCAAACUCCGGCAGUUCCACCGCCCACCUCUGAAGAAGUAUUCCUUUGGGGCCCUGUCCCAGCCAGGUCCCCACUCUGUCCAGCCCCUGCUGAAACACAUCAAGAAGAAAGCCAAAAUGAGAGAACAAGAACGCCAGGCCUCAGGUGGUGGGGAGAUGUUUUUUAUGCGUACACCCCAGGACCUGACAGGCAAAGAUGGAGAUCUGAUUCUUGCUGAGUAUAGUGAAGAAAAUGGUCCCUUAAUGAUGCAGGUCGGCAUGGCAACCAAGAUAAAAAACUACUAUAAACGGAAACCGGGGAAGGACCCUGGAGCCCCUGAUUGUAAGUAUGGAGAAACGGUUUAUUGUCACACGUCUCCUUUCCUGGGCUCUCUCCACCCUGGCCAGCUUUUGCAGGCAUUUGAGAACAACCUUUUCCGGGCUCCAAUUUAUCUUCAUAAGAUGCCAGAGACAGACUUCCUGAUUAUUCGGACGCGACAGGGUUACUAUAUUCGGGAGCUAGUCGACAUCUUUGUUGUUGGCCAACAGUGCCCUUUGUUUGAAGUUCCUGGUCCCAACUCCAAACGGGCCAACACUCACAUUAGAGACUUUCUGCAGGUUUUCAUAUACCGCUUAUUCUGGAAGAGUAGAGACCGUCCACGGAGGAUCCGUAUGGAGGACAUCAAGAAAGCCUUCCCUUCUCACUCAGAAAGCAGCAUCCGGAAGAGAUUAAAGCUCUGUGCUGACUUCAAGCGCACAGGGAUGGACUCAAACUGGUGGGUGCUGAAGACUGAUUUCCGUUUACCAACUGAAGAAGAGAUCCGAGCCAUGGUGUCUCCAGAGCAGUGCUGUGCUUAUUAUAGCAUGAUAGCUGCAGAGCAGCGGUUGAAGGAUGCUGGUUAUGGGGAAAAGUCUUUCUUUGCUCCAGAAGAAGAGAAUGAGGAAGAUUUCCAGAUGAAGAUUGAUGAUGAGGUGCGUACUGCCCCCUGGAACACUACAAGGGCCUUUAUUGCAGCCAUGAAGGGCAAGUGUCUCCUGGAAGUGACUGGGGUGGCAGAUCCUACAGGGUGUGGGGAAGGCUUCUCCUAUGUGAAGAUUCCAAACAAACCAACCCAGCAGAAGGAUGAUAAGGAACCCCAGCCAGUGAAGAAGACAGUCACGGGAACCGAUGCAGAUCUCCGUCGCCUCUCUCUAAAAAAUGCCAAGCAACUUCUCCGUAAAUUUGGUGUGCCGGAGGAAGAGAUCAAGAAGCUAUCUCGGUGGGAAGUAAUCGAUGUUGUGCGCACCAUGUCAACAGAACAGGCUCGCUCUGGAGAGGGGCCCAUGAGUAAAUUUGCGCGAGGGUCACGGUUUUCGGUGGCUGAACAUCAGGAACGUUACAAAGAAGAAUGUCAGCGGAUCUUCGACUUACAGAACAAAGUUUUGGCAUCGACUGAGAUUUUGUCCACUGACACUGACAGCAGCUCGGCUGAGGACAGCGACUUUGAAGAAAUGGGAAAGAACAUUGAGAAUAUGCUGCAGAACAAGAAAACCAGUUCUCAGCUGUCGAGGGAGCGGGAGGAGCAAGAGCGGAAGGAAUUACAACGAAUGCUACUGGGUGAGGAAGGUGCCAAUGACAAGGAAACGGGCAAGAAAGAGAAGAAGGACAAAAAGGGACUGUUGAGCUCUGGAGGCUCUCACAAGGACGAUGACACAGCCUCUGUGACCAGUCUUAACUCCUCAGCCACGGGUCGCUGCCUUAAGAUUUACCGUACCUUUCGAGAUGAGGAUGGAAAGGAAUAUGUCCGAUGUGAGACUGUGCGGAAGCCUGCUGUCAUCGAUGCCUAUGUACGCAUACGGACAACGAAGGAUGAAGAAUUCAUUCGGAAAUUUGCCCUGUUUGAUGAGCAACACCGGGAAGAGAUGCGGAAGGAACGGCGAAGGAUCCAGGAACAGCUGAGGCGGCUCAAGCGGAACCAGGAAAAGGAGAAGCUCAAGGGUCCUCCUGAGAAGAAGCCCAAGAAAAUGAAGGAACGUCCGGACUUGAAGCUAAAAUGUGGCGCUUGUGGUGCCAUUGGGCACAUGAGGACAAACAAGUUCUGCCCUCUGUAUUACCAAACCAACGCUCCACCCUCCAACCCUGUUGCCAUGACAGAGGAACAGGAGGAGGAGUUGGAAAAAACGGUCAUUCCUAAUGAUAACGAAGAGCUUAUCAAGGUGGAAGGGACCAAGAUUGUCUUGGGAAAGCAGCUGAUCGAGAGUGCAGAUGAGGUUAGAAGGAAAUCGCUGGUUCUCAAGUUCCCUAAACAGCAACUUCCUCCCAAGAAGAAACGCCGAGUUGGGACUACUGUUCAUUGUGAUUAUUUGAAUCGACCCCACAAGUCUAUCCAUCGACGACGGACAGAUCCUAUGGUGACAUUAUCAUCUAUCCUGGAGUCCAUCAUCAAUGACAUGAGAGAUCUUCCCAACACUUAUCCUUUCCAUACACCAGUGAAUGCAAAAGUUGUGAAGGACUACUAUAAAAUUAUCACUCGGCCCAUGGACCUGCAAACACUCCGUGAAAAUGUCCGUAAGCGCCUCUACCCAUCCCGGGAGGAAUUCAGAGAGCACUUGGAACUGAUUGUGAAAAACAGUGCGACGUACAACGGACCAAAGCAUUCAUUGACUCAGAUCUCUCAGUCGAUGCUGGAUCUCUGUGAUGAAAAACUGAAAGAGAAAGAAGAUAAACUGGCCCGCUUAGAGAAGGCCAUUAACCCCUUGUUGGAUGAUGAUGACCAGGUGGCAUUCUCUUUCAUUCUGGACAACAUCGUCACCCAGAAGAUGAUGGUGGUUCCAGACUCUUGGCCAUUUCAUCACCCGGUGAAUAAGAAGUUUGUUCCAGAUUAUUAUAAAGUGAUUGUCAGUCCAAUGGACUUGGAAACCAUCCGAAAGAACAUUUCUAAGCACAAGUAUCAGAAUCGCGAUGCCUUUCUGGAUGAUGUAAACCUUAUCCUAGCCAACAGUAUCAAGUACAAUGGCUCCGAUAGUCAGUACACCAAAACUGCUCAGGAGAUUGUGAACAUCUGUCACCAGACUUUGGCUGAGUAUGAUGAACACCUGACUCAGCUUGAGAAAGACAUAUGUACAGCUAAGGAAGCAGCUUUGGAAGAGGCCGACUUGGAAAGUCUAGAUCCAAUGACCCCUGGGCCUUAUACUCCUCAGCCUCCUGACCUUUAUGAUACGAACACAUCCCUAAGUAUGUCUCGAGAUGCCUCAGUAUACCAGGAUGAAAGCAAUAUGUCUGCCAUGGACACACCAACUACCACCCCAGAGAAACGGGGGGUACAGAUGUACCAGGGCCGAGGUAGGCUGGGCGAGGAAGACUCUGAUGUAGAUAUUGAAAGGUUUGAGGAGGAGGAGGAGGAUGGGAAACCUAAGACUCCAGCCCCAGAAGAAGAUGGGGAUGGUGACCUUGCAGAUGAAGAGGAAGGGGCUGCACAGCAGCCUCAGUCUAGCGUCUUGUAUGAAGAUCUGCUUAUGUCCGACGUAGAGGAUGAGGAGGAAGAUGCCGGGAGCGAUGAAGAAGGAGAUAAUCCUUUUUCCUCUAUCCAACUGAGUGAGAGUGGCAGUGACUCUGACAUGGAAUCUGGUGGAAUGAGGCCUAAACAGCCCCAUGUGCUGCAAGAGAACACAAGAAUGGGCAUGGAUAAUGAGGAGAGCAUGAUGUCCUAUGAAGGAGAUGCUGGUGAGGCCUCUCACGGGAUGGAGGACAGCAACAUCAGUUAUGGGAGCUAUGAGGAGCCUGACCCCAAAGCAAAUACUCGAGAUACAAGUUUUAGCAGCAUAGGUGGAUAUGAUGUAUCAGAGGAGGAAGAGGAAGAGGAAGAAGAGCAGCGAGGUGGGCCAAGUGUCCUCAGUCAAGUUCGUCUGUCUGAGGAUGAGGAUGACAGUGAGGAUUGCCACUCACUUCCUGGAGACAGUGACUUGGACUCUGACGAAUGAGACUCUUCCUUAGGACCUCCUCAGGAUUUUAACUUUCCCCUCAUAUGUAUAAAUUGUGUACAGUGUCUGAUUGAGCCACCAGCUGAACAUGUUAGACUUUUUUCUUUUUAAAUUAUUCAUAAAUGAUAAUAAAGCUUCCCUCCUGACCUCUGCA